AACUGAUUUACACCAAAUUUGAAGUGUUCAAGAGUCCGCGCUGUGCAAAUCGAAAUCAAAUUGAAAAACAUGGGUGUUCCAGCUGGUGAUGUUGAAAAGGGCAAGAAACUCUUCGUCCAACGUUGUGCUCAAUGCCACACUGUCGAAGCUGGCGGUAAACACAAAGUAGGCCCUAAUUUGCAUGGUUUGUUCGGCCGCAAGACUGGUCAAGCCGCUGGAUUCGCCUACACAGAUGCCAACAAAUCCAAGGGCAUCGCCUGGAAUGAAGAUACCUUGUUCAAAUACUUGGAAAACCCCAAGAAAUACAUCCCAGGCACAAAGAUGAUAUUUGCUGGUUUGAAGAAGCCUGGAGAUUGCGCUGACCUCAUUGCCUACCUGAAAUCCGCUACCGCUUAAUUUCCAUCCCGU